AUGAUGCCAAGUUGGCCAGCGGCGCAGACAGCGCCGAGCGUCACGCAGCAAACCGCCCCAGGCAACUAUGCGUAUCCAACAAAUCCUGCCUUCAUCCCCGUUCCCGUCCGCCAGGGAUUUGGUCAAUACGGAGCACCAGCAGCUCCCUACGCCGGAUACGUGCCUCCACCGCCCCCCGUGCAACCCCAAAUGUCUACUGCCUCGCCCGUGAAUGGUGCAACCCCAGCACCCGAGCAGGCCAAGUCAAAAGUUGACUGGCCCGAAUCUGUUCGGAGCUACGUCCAGCGAUCCUUCCUCCCCCAGAAUGACGACCCUUCCGUAUCUCGAGCGGACAUCGAAGCCAAGCUUAAGAGCACCAUCGGUUCCGCUAAAGAGAACGACACACUCUACACCAUCGACUGGGACAGCAUGCCCCUUCCCCAAGCCCUAGUUAGGGCCGAACGUGAAGCCGAAAUAAAGCGCAGCAUGCAUUCCUCCCCAUCCCAUAUCCGCGAGCCCCUGAAUCCUAAGAAGAGGAAAUCUGCCGAUUUUGCAAAUGAUGACAACUCUCAGCCCCCGUGGCGCUCUACUAACUCGCGAUCUUCUCUCCAAGAUCGCAUCACCUACCCUUCACCCGAAAAGCGCGCCUCCUUGGACGAGUCACCCCCGAGAUCAAGUAAGUUCCAGAAGGAAGCCAACAAGCGCAAGCGCCGGUUCGAGAACGAAUACAAGGCGUUCAGAUCGCCCAGCCCACCUCCGCCAUCAUCUGGGCCCAUCACCGGCACAUGCGAAGUACUGGAGAAGAAGUAUCUUCGUCUCACAGCGCCUCCAGUUCCGUCCAAGGUCAGACCCGAACGUGUUCUGCGCCAGACCCUGGAUCUUCUCAAGAAGAAAUGGAAGAGGGAGAGCAACUACUCGUACAUUUGUGAUCAGUUCAAGUCGAUGCGUCAAGACCUGACUGUGCAACAUCUCAAGAACGACUUUACUGUUUCCGUCUAUGAAAUCCAUGCCCGAAUUGCCUUGGAGAAGGGGGAUAUCGGUGAGUAUAAUCAAUGUCAGACCCAGCUGCGAUCACUGUAUGCUCUGGGCCUGAAGGGCAACCCCAUUGAAUUCAAGGCGUAUCGUAUCCUUUACUUUAUCCACACUGCCAACCGAACCGGCCUGAACGACACCAUGGCAGAUCUAACCGCAGCAGAGAAGGAGGAGAAGCCGAUCAAGCAUGCUUUGGAGGUGCGAUCGUCUCUGGCGCUGGGGAACUAUCACAAGUUCUUCCAGCUGUACCUGGACACGCCCAACAUGGGCGCAUACCUGAUGGAUAUGUUUGUUGUCCGGGAGCGGCUUGCUGCAUUGUGCAACAUUUGCAGAGCAUACAAGCCGGAUGUCAAGCUCCGCUUCAUCACUGAGGAACUCGGAUUCGAGUCUGAUGCUGAUGCGGCCCAGUUUAUCAUCGACCACCAGGGUCAACAUUUGCUGGAAGAUCGAACGGACUACAUCGCUUUCCUGACUGGCAAGGCCGGGCCCCUCUUUGAGGGUGCGCGAUCGGCCGCGUUCCGAAAGGUUGAUAUCAAAGGCCAGAUCUGA